AUGGGUACCAGAUCCACCCCAGCGAGAGAAAUGUACUUAAGAACAGACCUAACGCGAGCCCAGCUCUAUAAGACAGACUCAGGUAUAGACCUCAACAAAAUCACAGCACAGGAGGCCACGAGAACCUUGGUAGCCAAAGGGUUUCUGGCAGAAACGGUGAGCGACCUACCAUCCUCAAGCGACCUAGCAUUGGCAAUCCUGCGGGCUGCUGGCACAAGUGGACUCUCGGUAAUCGUAGCAGACGCAUUGCGGACCAUUGCACACCUCGUGGAAACGCUCAACAGCCCGAACCACUCCAAACAGAUAGGCGACGACGUACGGGAAGUCCUUAACAUCCUUUGGGGCAAAACACAGGACGCAAACAAAACGGGGCCAGGACAACCAACAACCGCGGCGGCGAAACUCUCCAACACAGUAGAACAACAAUGCAAGAUCCUGGAGUUGGCCACCGAGAGGCUCGAGACGCGAAUGGAAGAAGCCUCAUCUCGCGCGGCUAACGCAGCCGCACACUCAUUGGAAUCCACACGGACACACCCAGCCACAUACGCUGAAGCGGCACGCGAGGCACCACCACCCCAGCUAGCCACUGCCUUUGCGCAAACCAAGGCAAGAAAGCUACAAAUCACCAUCCGCGCCGAACGAGACACCACUCCCACAUGGAACGAGCUGAACGACAGAGAGACUCUGGCAAAAGUCAACUUGGCACUGGAGGCAGCAUGGGAAGCGGCGCUGGACGACGACACGAGACCCGAAGAGGUGACGGCUCGAGCCUCACAACGAACCAAGAACGGCGCGCUAAUCAUACACAUGACGACCCAAGAAGGGGCCGAGUGGAUACAGGAGAAGGACAACAUGCCAGCCUUCCUGAACGCGCUAGGAGGUUCGACGAUACACACCCCACGCAACUUCACCAUCAUAGCCGAUUUCGUUCCCGUGUCCUUCGAUCCCGAUUCUCCAGCCGCGAUAGGUGAGCUAGAAGACAGCAACGGCAUGGGGAGCGGUCAUAUUACCAACGCGCGAUACAUAAAACUGAAGGAACGGAGAACGCAGGGACAGAGAGUGGCCCACAUGAUGAUAGGAUUCAAAUCAGCGGAGACGGCCAACAGGGCACUCAAAUACGGACUGUUCAUUGAAUGCACCAAGGUCAACUGCAGGAAGAUUCUGCAGGAACCCACCAGAUGCGUAAAAUGUCAAUUCUACAACACAGGACAUGUCGCGAAGACCUGCAAAUCCAUCCACGACACCUGCGCACGAUGCGGAGAAAUGCACCGCACCAGCACCUGCGCAGCUACAGACGAACAGCUGGCGUGCUCCAACUGCAGAGCACACAACCUACCUGCCAACGGCCACGGUGCCGCUGACCGGAAUUGCCCCGUCUUUGCCAAGCUAUUACAAGAGAACCGACAGCGCAACCCGGAUGCGCAGUACCGCUACUAUCCCGUUAACAACGACCCCACCAGCUGGGAGACCACACAAAUGCAGGCACUCGACGUCAAACAACAGGAACGCACAUUCCAGGGAGGGAACCGACCCAUAUGGAGACCGCCACCAGCGAACCCCCCACCUUCAGUACGCCCGGCAUCUUCACCCCCCCCUCCACCCACCACAGGCCAAGCCCCAUCGACCCUGCUCACACGUGACACGCUCCAGCAAACGCGGACUUUUGGAGACCAGGCACGUCCUGGAGCCCAGCUACGCCAAACCACCCUACCAUUCCAAUCCGCGCGCCGCAAUAAGAACACGAGAACAACCUCCCCACCGACAAGAUCCUGGGACGAUCAGGUAAACGAGCAGGGAACAGGCGAACCCAUCUUCCCGCGGGUAACCCCGCCGAACGAAAGAUGA